AUGGACAGCAAAGCUAGAGCGUGCAUGCAGUUUGUAAGGAGCAGCUUGCAGUGUUUGCUUCUUCCACUUCUAGCUGGUUUACAAUGGCCUCAACCAAUCAAUCGUCAGAGCAUGCAACCGCAGAGCAUAGGGAAGGAGCAGCCAAGGUUCCAUGGGGAUUCUGGAAGGCUGGAGCCUGGAGGACUGGACAGGCACAACAAGAAGAAAAAAAGAAAAGGAUCCGAUUGUGUCUCGGCGGUUGGACUUGUGAUGUAG